GCUACAUCAGCGCCGCCAGCGUCAGUGACGGGACGCAGGUCUCGUUGUCUUUGUCGGCGAGACCAGCCGUGCGACGUGCCGCUGCUCGCCGGGUUUGGGGAGCGCGCGCUCGGUGGUUCCGACAGCGAAGCGGCGAACGCGAGGUGGAUGGUCUCCGGAAGAGACCGUCACGCCCGAGCAGGCAGCCGUUUGUGAACCCAAGGACCCGAGGGCCGCGAGCGCCAUUCGAAAAAAGGAUGGCCGCCGGCGAUGUGCGCCGCGCGCUACGGCCCGUCGUCGCUCGUUUGCCGCGCAGUGCUGUAAUGCUAACGUCGCUAGCCGUCGGCGUGACGCUUCAGGUGCUGCUUCUGGUUGGCUCGUGCCGUGCCCAGGUCGGCGAUGCGGCGAGCGAAGAGCCAGUCCAGGUGUUCUUCGAGCCAGACUUGCUGUCGGUUCACAUUGGAGAGCGCCGGCUGUACGUGCCCCUUCGCAGCAAGCGCGCGGCAGUUGAGUCCUUCCCGGGCGGUGCGGCGUCAUUGAAGAACUGUGCCUACAGAGGCCCGGUUUACGAGCAGGGUGUCGGCACCGCGGGCCGAGCCGUAGUGAUCGCGUGUCCCGGUGAGAAACUAGUCCACGCCCUCGUCAUCACGGCCCAGGGCGAAGCGAUCUCUGUGGCGCCGUCUCAGGGAUCCCGGGACGUGAGCGUCGAAAUCGAGGAUGGUGGCGGACACGUGGUGCGCCGCGAAUCCCCGAAGUCCAAGUUCCUCGCUUUCUGGAGCAAGCUGUCCACCAGAAGACGCAGGGCCACCAAGACGAAGGCGGCGGUGUCCAGGGAGCAUGCCAUUGAGCUCGCAGUGUUCGUUGACGCCGCGCUCAGCAACGCGAUGGCCACGGAGCGGGCACUGCAGAGGAAGCUCACGGCUGUCCUUGAACAGGUACAGCUGAUUCUGGAGUACCGAUCUCUGGGACAGCCGCUCAAACUGGAGAUCGUCAACCUCGAGCUCGUCGACUCCAAGCGGGGUCCCAGCACUGGCGGUGGUGACAUCGACACUUACCUGGAUAACUUCUGCGUAUGGCAGUGCAACCGCAACCAGCUGGCAGCGAAGCAGGGACUGGGACGCUGGGACCACGCACUCAUGCUCUCGGGACUCGACCUCGUCAAGGGCAACAACAGCCGCGUGCUGGGCCUGGCGUGGGUGAACGGCAUGUGCCGAUGCCGCUACAGCUGCACGCUGAGCGAGGCGCGCAGCCUCGAGGCGGCGCUGGUGGUGGCGCACGAGCUGGGCCACUCGCUGGGAAUGCACCACGACGGGCCGCCCGACAACCGCUGCGACCCGGACAGCUUCAUCAUGUCGGCCAAGACGGGCGCCGGGAAGACCCGGUGGUCCGCCUGCUCGGGGCAGUACCUCGAGGACUUCCUCUCAAGCCGAACGUCGUCGUGCCUGGCCUCUCGCACCAGCCAGCCAGUGGCCGAGUUGGACGGAGAACCCCUGCCCGGUCAGCUUUUCCCGGAUGACGCCCAGUGCAAGCUGGCUCUGGGAACGGACUACAGUGCGUACACUUCGUCCAGGAGCCCCUUCAAUAACGUAUGCCGUGAACUGUGGUGCCUGAAAGGAUCCUGGGCCAGCCCCGCUCAUCCGGCUCUCGACGGCACCACAUGCGCAAAGGGCAAGUACUGCCGCGAGGGGUCGUGCGUGGUGCGUCCGGCAGGCCAGCAAGGCGGCAGCCUCGCGGCCUCGACAAAGAGGGCGCCACGAAGCACCGUGGUCACCACGACGACGAACCCCACGACGUCGACGCGGCGGUCCGUGGUCAACGUGGUAUUUCCCGACAUCACGAGAAUCUGGAACAACUGGUUCCGCCGCGGCUUUCCCAGUUGGUUCUGAGAGGGACGUUGCGUUUCCGACAGCCCUAUAGUACAAGCAGUUCUGUGUUGAAGGUUCCUGCUUAAUUUAAGGCAAGGCAUACAGUGCCGAAAGGCGUGGUAUUAGCCGUAGUGUCGCCUUGCAUGUUUACCGGUGCGAAACGUUAAAAAAAAAAAAAAAAAAAAAAAAAAAAAGGGGCACGGAGCUAAUCCUGGCUCGCCGAACAGGGUAUCAAGUUCGUUCAGACUUGACCUAGAGCACUUAUUUGGGACGUCUCGUCUUUCGCAGAAGAAGCCAUUUGUUGUAAAACUGGGCCUUGCUGCAGGUCACAGUGAGGCGUGCCAGCAAGUUGUGUUGCUCGUGAAUUGCGCGAAACACAUGAUAGGAAGUACUAGCCACGUGCAGGUUGCUUAUUCAGUGCUCGUGUGGCCUGUCUUUCGAUGCCUUUUUUUUUUCUGUCGCUGUGUUCCCACGUUAAGUGAACACACACCGACAAAAUCAGUUCGCUAUAUACAUUUUUACUGCAUUGAGUUCCGCGGGCUGCUACUGCGACGCAUGAUGCGAUGCCACUUCACGAGGCUUUGAAUGCAUGAUCACAGCACUCGCGAACGGCGAACGCGAAAGACCUGCUGAAGGCCUGUUCAUAAAGUGUUGUUUCUUGGACGUGUGUCCCAUCACGUGACGCGCAGCAGCUUGCCGCCACAUCUUCCACGCCAAGCUGCCCGUUAGAUGCCAGAUAAAAUCCUGCAAUAAUUUAUUGUUGAUGCUCAGUUACUCCGAAAACAUUAAAAAAAAAAACGUGACAAAGAAGCCCUCGCUUCUUUUCUUGCCGAAACCGACACACGGUCAAAUUGCGUCGUGGUACUUGCAGCGGCCGCAAAGCCUUCGCGUUCGAAGUACUCUGGUGCUUCUAACAUUUCUUACACCGCGAGUCAAGCGAUGAAAAUGCCUAGUUGGUGUUUCAUCUGUGCCGCUUAUAGUGCAAACAAAAUAGGCAACGUAAAAGCGCUUCUCAUGCUGAGAUUCGACUUGAUCUUCGCGCUUUAAGUCGUGCACAUGUAGUGCAGGAACAGCACAACUGCAGCGCCGAUGCAGUGGAAUUUUCUUAUAGUCGCCGAUAAAGCGCGCUGCGGAACCGACCGGAGAAAGUCGUCAGACGCAACGCCUGAAGUUUCUCUUUUCGUACUCGAUAUCAUACUUGAUAGACCAGACCUCAAUGAUACAGAAUUAUCGUGGCUUUCCCGGCCCUGUCUCAGGCCCUUUUGCAUAGUGGACAAUUCUCGGUUGACAAGCGGCGCUUGCUGUCAACUCCGACUCAAGCUUUUUGGUAGACGUGACGUCGAUGUGAAAAGUACUCUUAUACGCAGGCCGUUCCGCGCGUGCCGAAGGGUCCGCGUGGGGGCGCCCCCGUAUCUUUCCAGGUCUUCCUAUGCCCUAGAGGGUAUGAUUACUCUAUGUAGGAAUACUAGAGAGUUGGUGAGGCUCCUGGAGGUCACUCUUCAGACCUCUGCAACAUCACGAGGCUCUCAUGAGCCUCACAUGCAGGCCAAGGUGGAUUUAGUUGUAGUGCGCGAAAUCAUGUAGGGUGCGUUUGGAAAAUUAUUUACGUUUGUUUAUUAUAUGGCAUAUUUGUGCGAGCGGCAGUUAACCUAUGCCUGCUGCUGCGAAUAUGUCGCUCAUUUCGUAAUCAGGAGCAAAGGAGGCUAGACUUUGCGUUGCUGUUGAUCGCGACUUCGACUUGAGAGAGAGAGCUGCCCUUUCCGGUGUGCGCCUACGUUACGCAUCUGUGUCGCGUCACUGCCAACGUAACCAACGUAAGUUAGGCGUCGCGUUGGUCGACCGAGAGCAGUGGAGCCAAUAACGAACGGCGCGAUCGAACAGUGGCGAAACAUGAGCGACUGGUAUCAGGUGGCCUGACCAUCGAGUAUUGUGUAAUUACUUGCAGGUGGACCAGCAGCUUAAUUUUGUCCAUGAGCACCAGUAACUAUUCUGAACACACAGAACGGACCAAACCAAAAGGGAGCGUCUAACUGAUAUUCGAGCGCUGAUUACAGCUCGAGUAAGAGAUUAAGUUAAAGUAAGACAUGAAGUAAGAUACGCCCGUAGUGUAGAUCUAGUUGUUCCCGCAUACAAGGACACUGAAUGCAAUAAUUAAUGCCUUUCAUUGCAAAGACAUAAAAACACUCUUCCUUUAUGUUUACUUCCUCGACGUAAAGAGCACCCAGGCGUUGUAUAGACCGUGCGAAGUCUGUCGUAGCUAUUCUUCCAGUAAUAAUUUUGACCAUGACCUUAGAAACGCCUGAUCGACGACACAAUGACAAGUUGCGGAUAAUGACGCUGCGAAGAGACGGUGGAGUCGCCUCUGUUUUUUUUGCAAGAAAGAACAAACAUUUUUCGACAAAUUCUACCGGAGAUAUAUAUUUUAGAAGGGCAAGGCUUGGGGACAAGUUUACAAAAUUUUCUGGUGAAUGCACUAAGUAACAAAUAUAAACAAAAAGAAUAGGACUGUCGCUUAGUAUGAUCGUUUAUUUUGCCAAUACUAUUACGUGUCGCAGGCCCCCUUUGCCGAAAGCGUGUAGUUUCUCUAUGCCAGUGUCGACAUCGCAGUGAUGCUUGACAGAGCAGUUUCUUAAAUGAAAAUUGGGCCAUAUAUUUACGCAAGCUUACACGCCCCCUAACGCGAAACACGCGGCUGCCGGGGUUUUGUUGCAACAGGCCGAUGCUCAUUGUACCGCCGGGUGCCACGCCUUAUACAGGCGCCGAAGUUUGGCUCCCAGCAUUCUGUAGUGGGCGACGUUACCCCUACGCGUCCGGGAUUAUAGCUUCUCGCUCGUGUUCACAUAUUUCCUGCUUCGCGGACCCACUCAUCUGUUGUUGCGACUGUACACACACGGCAGCUGGUGUCCAUUGAUGUACGAGUGUUUGCACGAUCUUAAGAACAGCGGAGCUGUUGCUCGUAUAGAUGUGGUUUAGUCCUACGAUGUCCUGUACUUGUACGUUGCUGUCGCUGGGAGCUAUGCGCCGUUCCAUACAUAGCAGUCAACGCAGUGGAGGCUAGAGAUACUUCUUGCAGUGGCUUCGUUCGCCCUUGGAUGUAUUUCGAUGCUUUUUGACCGCAGUUAGGCGCAACUGUUGUUUAUAUGGGCUCGGUAUUGAAUGAAACAAGUUUUAUUCCUUAGAAAGAAGCACACUGUGGUAUACGGCUGCUAAUGCGUUGUUCUAUAUGGUUUUUAUUUUUGUGGUUCUUUUCGGAUUUUUGUAACCCUCGCGAGGAGCCUCACGUGCAUGCUAGCGCGAGCGAACGUCAUUGGCGCGCAGCGAAAUAUAGACGGAACGCCCAUACUGAUAGCUGAUAACUUUUCUUGACCGAACUUCUUGCGUAGCUUCCACAGCGUUGACUGCUAUGUAAGGAACGGAUUAUAAUGGAGUUGUUAUACUGAGCGACGCGGAAUUUCGCACGUUACCGCGAAGUUUUUGUUUGUUUACCGAAGUAAUAAAGAUGUAAAAUGUUUCCA